ACAUCGACGUUUACCAAUUCACUUUCACUUCUUUGAUUCUCACGUCCUCCAAAUAGCAUGGCUUCUGUCUGUGCCCUAGACGAACCUCUCCAAUACCCCCCUGCUCGCAGAGACGACUCAGUCAUCGAUGACUAUCAUGGAGUCAAGAUUGCUGACCCUUACCGAUGGCUUGAAGAUCCUGAUGCGGAAGAAGUGAAAGAAUUUGUGGAGAAACAGGUUCGAUUAACAGAUUCUGUGCUUAAAAAAUGCGAAACUAGAGGGAAGCUUAGUGAAACGAUUACCAAGCUAUUUGACCAUCCUCGUUAUGAGGCUCCUUUUAGACAAGCCAAUAAGUACUUUUACUUCCACAACACUGGGCUUCAGCCACAGGACAUUCUAUAUGUGCAGGACAGUUUGGAGGGAGAACCAGAGGUUUUGCUUGACCCCAAUGCGUUAAGUGAAGACGGAACCGUCUCACUGAGCACACUGUCGGUGAGCGAAGAUGCCAAGUACUUGGCUUAUGCGCUUAGUUCAAGCGGUAGCGAUUGGGUGACUAUAAAAGUAAUGCGAAUUGAGGACAGGAAUGUAGAGCCUGAUACUUUAUCAUGGGUGAAGUUUUCCUCAAUUAGUUGGACACAUGAUAGCAAAGGUUUCUUUUAUAGCCGCUAUCCAGCACCCAAAGAUGGAGAAGUAGCAGAUGCUGGGACUGAAACACACGCUAACCUGCAUCAUGAGUUCUAUUAUCAUUUUUUGGGUACAAAUCAAUCAGAUGAUGUUUUGUGCUGGAGAGAUCCUGAAAACCCUAAAUAUUCGUUUCAAGGAAGUGUUACUUAUGAUGGGAAGUAUGUUCUUCUUCAUAUUGAAGAAGGGUGUGAUCCAGUCAACAAACUUUACUACUGUGAUUUGUCCACACUUGCUAAUGGGCUGGAAAGCUUUCGGAAUCAAAAUUCCCUCCUUCCAUUUGUCAAACUUAUUGAUAAUUUUGACGCACAAUAUGAAGCCAUUGCAAAUGAUGACACUAUGUUUACAUUUUUAACUAAUAAAGAUGCUCCAAAAUAUAAACUAGUCCGAGUAGAUUUGAAAGAACCAACUUCUUGGGUUGAUGUUCUCCAUGAGUCUGAAAAAGAUGUACUUGAGUCAGCAUGUGCUGUAAAUGGUGAUCAACUCAUAGUGAGUUAUUUGAGUGAUGUGAAAUAUAUUCUACAAGUAAGAGACUUAAAAGCAGGUUCCUUGCUACAUCAAUUACCAAUUGACAUCGGCACAGUUUCUGGAAUUUCUGCUCGGCGUGAAGAUAGUGUGGUUUUCAUUAACUUUACAAGCCUUUUAACUCCUGGUAUCAUCUACCAGUGCAACCUGGGAACAGAGAUCCCUGAUAUGAAGAUAUUCCGUGAAGUUGUUGUCCCUGGGUUUGAUCAGUCUGAGUUUCAUGUUAAUCAGGUUUUUGUGCCUAGUAAAGAUGGUACCAAGAUCCCAAUGUUCAUUGUUGCCAGAAGGAAUAUUAUUUUGGAUGGUUCACACCCUUGUUUGUUAUAUGGAUAUGGUGGUUUUAAUAUCAGUAUUACACCAUAUUUCAGUGUCAGUCGCAUUGUACUCACAAGACAUUUAGGGGUUGUUUACUGCAUAGCAAAUAUCCGUGGUGGUGGAGAAUACGGAGAGGAAUGGCAUAAAGCAGGCUCCCUUGCAAGAAAGCAGAAUUGCUUUGAUGACUUCAUUUCGGCAGCAGAAUACCUUGUAUCUACUGGUUAUACUAAUCCCAGAAAGUUAUGCAUUGAAGGUGGAAGCAACGGUGGACUUCUUGUUGGUGCUUGUAUAAAUCAGAGGCCUGAUUUAUUUGGCUGUGCACUUGCCCAUGUUGGUGUUAUGGACAUGCUACGGUUCCACAAAUUUACCAUAGGUCAUGCUUGGACCUCAGAUUAUGGUUGUUCAGAUACGGAGGAAGAAUUUCAUUGGCUAAUUAAAUAUUCACCCUUACAUAAUGUCCGGAGACCGUGGGAACAUCAUCCAGGUCAGUCAAUUCAGUAUCCAUCAACCAUGUUGUUGACAGCUGAUCAUGAUGAUCGUGUUGUGCCACUGCACACAUUGAAGCUAUUGGCGACCAUGCAGUAUGUCCUCUGUAGGAGCUUGGAAAGAAGUCCUCAGACAAACCCUAUUAUUGGUCGCAUUGACUGCAAGGCUGGACAUGGAGCGGGUCGUCCAACACAGAAAAUGAUCGAUGAAGCUGCUGAUCGAUUCAGUUUUAUGGCUAAAAUGUUGAAGGUGCAUUGGAUUGAAUAGAGACCACUCUCAAUCACAGGUUAGAAUAAUAAUGGAUUAAUUUCAGACCAUACCUGUGAACCAUUUUAUUUCUGUUUUCUUCUACUCUUCGACCAAGGAAAUACCUUGAACAUGAAAUAAUCUGAGAAGUGGCCUGUGGGGGUUAGAUUAUAAGUUAUUAAUGCUACUACCGUGCCGAUUGAAUUGUCAAUCAAAUUUAAUUGGUGUUGGGUUCACAGUACAUAAAAAUAAUAGUUUCCUAAAUGUUGAUUCUUAAGGGUUUGGUAUGGUAUAUAACGAUAUUAUUAUGCGCGUUGUUAGUAAGAUUGUUAAGCUUUUAUUUUUUAUUUUAUAAUAAAUGUUUUUACAAACUGGCACAACGUUUAAUAAAUACGGUAAAAUACAAGUACCCAAGUAAACAAAUUUUAUAUACUGCAAGGCAUAGUGCCAUAUAAAAUGUAAAUCACCAUCGGGUUGUGUAUUGUCUUCUGCUUUACUUUUGCAUUGAGAUACUCCAUCAAUCUUGUAUGCUACUACUUUGAUAAAAAAUAAAAAAUGUUGGUUUAAUUAAGCUUCUUGUCGCUAUAAAAGUUCAUACAUUUGAAAUUAGUCUCUUAAAAAAUUUAAUCUCAUGAGUGACUAAAUAAUUCUUGUUAAGUGUUAGCUAUCAGAUUUUAAACCUAACUUUGUCGCAUGUCAAGAACUUGGCAUACUAUUAUCCUAAUUAGAAUAUUAUUAUUUUAAUAAUCAAUUUUAUGUUGUCACUUGAGUUUCAUUUGCUCUUUGACGUGUUAUACCAAACAUCAAAGACAACAUAUGAAUGAGACAUACAAACAUGGGAAUAUGCAAAGUAUCCCGUAAAGUAGAUUGGAAUUGAAGGUUGGAUCACAAAAGAGGUCAAGAAAUAUAAGGCUGUGACAGAGAUUUAAAGGCGUAAUGAUCAUUCUGAGUCAGGCUGUUGUCAGGAAAAUUAGAGCAAUCUACCUUCGUCUUCUUUCAUAUUGUUGUAUCAAGAUUUCACAUCUUUUUCCAUGCUAUUGUAUUAAGAUUACAAAUUUUCCGGACAAGAAUGACUCAAUGUUUGAAAACUUCAG